AUGCGCACUGUCACCAUCGCCCUUCUUUGCUUUCUCUUGCUAGUAGCCCUCGACAUCGGCCGCGUCUUCGCAUCAUCUGAGUUCUUUCCGCUUGUUGUUCGCCGCCUCCAAAUCGCCGUCUCGUACCUAUACUGGGAGAUUUGCUGGGAAGUCUACUAUCAGUUCACCCACAACUUCGAAGGAGUUCCCGUCUACCUCCGCUUCAUCUCACUUCUCAUCUGCGUCUACCUUACCUUCGCCCUAUAUGUAUAUAUCAAGUAUACCUACUGGAUAGGCCCUCAUCCCGAGGCCGACCAAGACGACCUCCAUGAUCCUGCCGAAAAGGGACAGUCGCAAGAGACGAAGCUCCCUGUCACUGCCACCAUCGCUCACAUCACACCACCGCCUGUCACUCUUACGCCUGCAAAGCCAGCGCCUCCCUCAUAUCCACCACCAUUCGAGUUCCCCUUCACCAACUUCCGCGGCACCGGCGAGUCGUUCGCACACUCCGAUCGACGCGACCCGACACACUAUCCCGUUCUUCAACUGUCGACUUCUUGGGGCAAUACCCGUCGCAAAGAACGCGAUUACUGGCGGUCUGCACCUAGGCAACCAUCACCUGCCUACAGGUCUACCGAGCACGAGAAGGUCGCCGCGGCACCUACCAUACCGAAGCCAGAGGUGGCUCAAAUCACUACGAAGUCGACAGCUACUACCACGAAGGACCACGUAGUCAUCGCGCCUGCCCAUAAGGUUGUCGAGCUACCUAUCACAUACCUCCCGGCCCCGCCACAGCCAUCCCUCGAAGACCUUGCCAGGUCGACCAUGAGCAACCUGGCUAGUCAAGCACCUACCCUUGAGACUGCGAUGAGGGGUUUUCUGGUUGCUGCCAGUACCGGCACUGAGUACAUGUCGUCGGCAGACGCGAUUUGGACCUUGAUGGCGAGUGCCGAGAGCGACCUGAAGCCAUACUUCGUGGGCGGUAUGACCAUGGAGCAGUCAUCCCUUAUUGGCUGGAAUGCCUCUAUCGUGGAGUUCUGGAACUACUUGGUGCCUGAAGGCGCUUCCAUUCAAGAGAGCCAGGAACUGAUGGUUUUCCUUGCGCUCUAUCGUCAAUUCGCCAACUACCUUGGGUUGAAGGAUUGUCUCCAAGACCUCAUCAUCAUGAGGCCCGAGCCUCCCGCGUCAAGUACGCAAGACCCUCCAGCACCCAAUAUGGGGACGCUGUCCGCCAUCCCCACCACCACUAAGUACCUCCCCGCUCCUGCCAUCACGAUCGCUCCGCAGCCGCAACAGGCACCGAGUACCUCCGCGCCUAUCCAACAGGCACCUCCCCAGCAGCCGAUAGUGCCCCAAGGUGCACCAGGCCUCAUUGACUUCAGUAAAGAAGAUUGGUUUGGUCUGCCAGAUGAUCAGCUCAAAGAGCUCAAAUGGAGGUCAUUCAACUGGCCUAAUCAGAAGGCCGCCAGCUUGAAGAUAUGGCACUACAAUGUACUGGAGCUCACCCAGUUACCUACACAACACCCAGAGUUCAUCAUGGCCUCAUAUGUGAAGGCAGAACUUGAGAAAGCGGCACCCCUCCUAAAACGCGCUUCAGUCGUGUUUCGACUCCAAGGUCGUAGAUGCCCGUGGCCUGGUGACCUUGAAAUGGCACCAUUGAUAGGCAGCAUUACGAGCUGCAUCUCUCGAGCCACGGAGAUGACCAAUCAAUGCCAAGAGAUUGCAGAUUGGGACUCUCGGGAUGAAUGGUACAAAGCCUGCCAGUACCUCCAUGAGAAUGUCUUCAAAGACAAGAGGGUCUGGGCAUCGCUAUGCAAUCGUUACGACUCCGAUGACCCGGAUGAGAACGACAAGGAGGACAAGACUGGUCCUCUCAGGCGGUUGUGGGAGAAGAUGUCGCCCACAUGGCUUCCUGACAUCGCAAAGCGUUGA